AUGAAAAAUAAUAAUGAGCAAUUUACUCUUAUUGCUCUUGAUUCAUCAUCAUCAUCAGAUCAAUCAGCUCAUUAUCUUUCGCGAUUUCAACAUCUCAUGAAUUCCCUACAACACUUUAAUGAUUCAAAUGCUUGCGUGGAUUUUAUUACGAAUGUUAAAAAUGAAAAAAUUCUUCUUAUCAUAUCAGUUGAACAUACUCAAAUGAUACCAACCAUCUAUCAUAUACAUCAGAUUUAUUCCAUCUAUAUUUUCAAUUUAAAUCAAUGCGAACCAACAAAUGAAGAUAUAUUGAAAUAUCGAAAAGUUCGAGGUCAUUUUGGAACAAUCAAUGAGUUAGUUAAACAAAUAGAAUACGAUAAAAAAUGUAUAGCGUCAAAUCUGUUAACAGUAAAUAUUUUCCCAGAAUGUACUCAAGGAUCAUAUAGUAUGAGUGAUCAAACAGGCAAUAGAAAUAUGCAAGAAGCAACAUUCAUGUAUUCACAAAUUAUACGUAAUAUUUUUAUUAAUGAGAACUAUAAAGAUACAGAUAAAAAUGAAAUGGUUGAAUUCUUUCGGGAACAAUACAACGGAAAUAAAACGGAACUAGAAAAAAUCGAUAAAUUUUCACGAGAGUAUACAAACGAACGCGCCAUCUACUGGUAUACUAUCGAUGGAUUUCUUUAUCGUACAAUUAAUAAAGCUUUACGAACACAAGACAUUUUUACACUUUAUCAUUUACGUUAUUUCAUUAAAGAUCUUCAUUUAGAACUAAAGAAAUAUCAUUCAAAACAACAUUCGAAUUCAUCGCAAGAAACUUUUGUUGUCUAUCGAGGACUUGGGUUACCCAGGGAUGAAUUUGAAAAAUUAAAACCAGAUCAUUUAAUAUCUUUCAGUGAAUUUUUAUCCACAAGUAAAAAUCGACAAUUAGCAGAAAUCUAUGUUCAACGUGGAUUUGAUGAUAUGGAAUCGAUUCUAUUCGAAAUCGAAUUAAAUUAUAGAAUUCCAACAUCAACUCCAUUUGCUGAUAUUUCUGAACAGAGUCAAUUCGAUUUGGAAGAAGAAAUUCUUCUAUCGAUGGGUAGCGUUUUUCGAAUUCGAUCUUUAACUGUUACUUCAGAAAAAAAUUGGAAUAUAAAACUUAUUCAAACUUCAGACGAAGAUCAACAACUAAAAUUAUUAUAUCAAUGGCUAGAUCAAGCUAUAUUUCAAGUGAAACAUCUCUAUACAAAAUUAAGUUCACUCAUGUUAUUUAUCUAUGAUUAUGAUAAAGCAGAAUUUUUCUUAAGAAAAGUUCUGUCUCUACCGGACUUUAAUGGAGAUAUUGAAAAAAUUGGUGCAACAUCAUCGAUUUUCGGCGAAAUAUAUUUUCAUCAAAAGAAAUAUGAACAAGCCAUAUUACUAUAUCAGAAAACAAUUGAAUUGUUUGAACAGUAUCCAGACAAAAGCGUUCCUUCUACGAUACAAAAAUGUUACACAGGUCUCAGUGAAAUUUAUUUAGAAGAAGAACAGUAUGUAAAAGCUUUGGAGUACAGUCAAAAGUCGCUCGAUAUAAUACUUUCGGAUGAUUAUAUGAAAACAAUCGAUCUUCUGUUAGCUACACGCUAUAAUAACAUUGGGCACAUAUAUUAUAAACUUGGAAAUGUCGAAAGAGCAUUAAAUUAUAUUCAAAAAGCAUUGGAUUACACCAAAUCUCUUCCAUCGAAUAUUCCCAUAGUAUCAAGAAUCUUUUGUAAUCUAGCAAUGACUUACGAACAAUAUGCAGAUUAUCCUCAAUCAGAAAUGUACUGGAAAAAAGGUUUGGAACAUCAUCUUAAAUCCAUGCCAAAUAAUACAGAUGCAACUGCUUAUCUUUUUCAAGCUGUUGCCAUAAAUUUGAGUGACCACAAAAAAUAUAAAGAAGCAAUUGAAUAUCUUAAAAAAUCAUUAGCAAUCUGUAAGAAUCAAGGACAACAUGCACUAUCUUGUUGUUAUAAAAAUUUAGCUGUCGCCUAUCAUGGCCUAGAAGAUUUUCAACAAGCUGCAGAAUAUUUGCAAAAAGCAAUUGAUAUUGCACAUACUCUUACAAAUAUUGAUUUGGGCACAAUGUACACUGAUAGUGGUAAUAAUUAUUAUCAAGCACAAAACUAUGAACAAGCACUAGUUUCAUAUAGCAAAGCAUUGGAAUUUUCACAACCGAAUGCCCAACUAGCGACAAAGAUAAAGAUUUUUAUAGUCUACACGAUGCAACAUGAAUCAAAGCGCGCUCUAGAAUAUUACGAACUCCACAUAAAAUCGCAUAUGACACAAGUAAAUCUAAAUGAUGAUAUUCUAAUUCAUUAUUAUAUUGGAGUGAAUUACUAUCACCUAAAAGAUAAUGAUCAAGCAUUAAAAUAUCUAAAAAUGGCACAAGAGUUAAUUCUACCAAAUAAAUCAGAUGUUUCUUUGAAGACAUUUUUAAUAGAUAUAUUGAAAAAAAUUGCAUCUAUUUACAUUAGCCGUGAUCAAUGGUCUGAAGCAGCUACACACUACGCUCAAUUAUUAGAAUAUCAUCCAACGGCAGAAAUAUACAUGAAUAUUGGUUAA